GAUCCUCUGUCUCCUAGCAACCAAGUCGUGUCACAGUAGCCACCUCUACACUAGUCUUUAUUUGGGAGUCUUUCUAACACAAAACAAAACAAACAAAAAAAAAUGCCUCAGACACUCUCGCUCCCCAUGACUCCAAGCCAAAUUUUUGAGAGCCCCAAGAGCGAUAAGACAGAGGAUAAUUUGGCCUCCUCCGAGGAAGAAGUUAGAACAGAUAAUUUAAAAACAUCAGAUGUUCAUUUGCCAGAUAUAGUAGAGAAAAAAGAAAAUGAUAAAUCUGAAAAAGAACCUGAAAAAGCAGAGCAACAUUCAGAAAAUACAUUUGUCAGGAGACCACAUGUAAUGUAUGCCAAAUUUAUAAGAACUAAUGCAAGAUCCUAUAAUGAGCCAGUGUGCUACAUAGAGAACCCAGAUAUGAGAGGUAUUCAGGAGGAUUGGUGGACACAAAGAACAAUUGUGGAACAUCACUGUGUUCCAGCUUAUGAUACCCAGACUACCCAAAGAAAUGAUUUCAAAGUACCAGCUUGUCAGUUGGUUUUGCCAACCAAAUACAGCAGUAAACAAAAGCCUGCUUGUGGCAUAGUGCCAUUAGCAAUUACGGACCAAUUACCAGUACUUCAAACAAGAAUUUCCGGUCACUUUCCUUUUAUACAUCGGUUUGAUAUCAGAAAAAGCACAAGUAGCUGUAUGCGACCAAAGCGUCACGGAGCAUUUUUGCAGCCAGAGGUACCACCAACGAGAGGGUCAACAAAUCCCAGUGGAAAAGAAGCAUUCGCUCCAGGGUCCCGCUUGCCAGAACAGGCCAGGAUAGAGAAAGGACACUCAUCAUCAAGCUCGACGAGCUCAACCUGUCUCUACCAGCCCCAUUCUCAAAGGUCACUGAUGUCUGAAAAUCACUUAUCAGAAACAGACUCCAAAGAAGGAGCCAAGGCAAACCUCACACCUCCUGGGAAGGAAACCAGGAGUCCACACAUUUCUCUGACAGAUGAAGCAAAUUAUCUCCCUCCCACCCAGGAGGAUUCUUUAUAUUCACUAUCCAAAUAGAGUUUUUGAGAAAUCACCAGAUAGGUUACCCACCACAGAUAACCCAGUCACCGAUACUCCCGUUAUUCCUGAAAUGGAAAGAAUCGAGAAUCACUAUACCGACACCUAUGUUUGCUUUUCCAGUACCAAUAACCACAAAUACAAGCUGAGCCUAGCUUAUUUUUAGAGAGAAUGGAAUACUCCUUUGAGUUAAAAAAACAAAACAGUGCUAUAUUUUGUUUUCUGAAAAACAAAUAUCCUUCAAGGAUGACAUAACUUUUUCAGAGAGGCAUUUGAUUGCUAGUGCCAUGAACUACUCUGUUUCCUUUUUGAAAUCAGACAUUUUACAACAAUACAAUACCACCGAACUUAGAAUCAGAGUAUCUCACCUAACAAUAAUGGCAAAAUCCCUUACUUUCUCUUACCAGACCUUUCUUGUUGAUAGAAAUGAGAUAAAAAUAUCUACACCUCAGGGAGAAUACCAUGGGUAAGAAAGCAUUUUGGAAACUAGAAAGGGCUAUGUGAGGUUAUUAAUGACUAUUUUGACAUCAGAAAUGAAAAGGAAACAUGCUGCCCAUCUCCAGAGGUAGAAAUGAUGGCCUCAGGACAAAUUGAAGCUUAUUAUCUUCCUUUUUUUUCCUCUUUCUCUCUUUCUUUUUGAUAUCACUAUUUCAAGAAUAUAUUUUAUAUGACUAUAUGCAUUUUGUAACAGCUUUUGUUUUUUCCUAGUCUUCCUUCUCAGUGGAUGGGGAAAAGGGAAGAGAAUUUAAACUAAAAAUUAAAUCAAAUGAAAAUAAAUAAAUAAAUGAAAGUGGGCUUUUAAAAGAAAA